UCCGUUAUGUUCUAUCGUUCGUUGUUCAUCAGAGUUCUGCUGUGACAAAUUGCUUUUGUUAAAUUUAUGAUAUGACAAUGAAUAUAGUGCGAAAAUGUUCAGAACUACGCACAAUAGGAGUUUAAGACUGUGUUUUUCAUUGUUCGAUUCAAAAGUGCAAAUCCCUGGGAUGUUGAUUGUUCUGAGAAAAUAGUUUCCAGUGUUUAUAUAGUGAUCAAAGAAGAAAACCAAUUAAAAUGACGUCUAACGAUACAGACAUGACAUGGUCCGGACCAGGAUCCGGAGUUUUCUUACAAACAAAGCUGGCUCAAGGAAUGGCAGGAGCAGCUGUUUGGGCCGCGCUCUUCCUCACCUGCCAGCAGAUUUACCAGCACCUGCGGUGGUACACGAAUCCUAACCAGCAGAGAUCCAUCAUUAGGAUACUUUUUAUAGUUCCGAUCUACGGCUUGCAUUCAUGGGUCUCGCUGCUACUCUUUAAUAAAGAAAAUUAUUAUAUUUAUUUCUUUACUGUCAGAGAUUGUUACGAAGCUUUUGUAAUUUACAACUUUUUAAGUCUUUGUUAUGAAUAUCUUGGAGGAGAAGGAAAUAUUAUGAGCGAAAUUCGAGGAAAACCUAUCAGAUCAAACUGCAUGUAUGGAACUUGUUGCCUCGUAGGUAAGACUUACACCAUCGGCUUCUUAAGGUUUUGCAAGCAGGCAACAUUACAGUUCUGUCUCGUCAAACCUGUUAUGGCUCUUGUUAUCAUCAUACUUCAAGCUGUUGGUCACUACCACGACGGUGACUGGAGCCCUACUGGUGGAUACUUGUACGCUACUAUCAUCUACAAUAUAUCUGUGAGCCUUGCUCUUUAUGGCCUCUUCCUGUUCUACUUCGCUACGAGGGACAUGUUGACUCCGUACGAUCCAGUUCUCAAGUUCUGCACGAUCAAGUCCGUUAUUUUCCUCUCUUUCUGGCAAGGUGUUCUUCUGGCUGUACUUGAGAAGGCGCAAGUUAUCGACUCGGUUAUAGAUAGUCAUGGGACGAGGACCAGUGCAGGUACGGUGUCUGCUGGCUACCAGAACUUCCUGAUCUGUAUAGAGAUGUUGUUCGCGGCUCUCGCCCUGAGGGCUGCCUUCCCGUACCAAGCGGCAGGUUCCGAAAGAACUGUAACGAUGCAUAGUAUCUCCAGCAGCCUCAAGGAGACAAUGAAUCCUAAAGAUAUUAUGACCGAUGCCAUACACAAUUUCCACCCUCAAUACCAGCAAUAUACUCAAUACAGCUCAGGUUCGCAUUCACAGAGAGGAAUAAGAGUAAGUACUUACGAUCCUGAAGAAGCUCCUCCUCCUCAAAUCCAACGCAAACAAACGAGCCAGAAGGUGGCAACUAUCAGCGGAUAUAAUGAAAAAACAAUGCUGUUAUCAUCUGAUGAUGAGUAUCAAUAAAUGCUUUGAGGUAUAUUUAUUUGAUAAGAAAUGUGUUGUAAUUUACACGAGAUGGGA